UUUCAUUACGGAUGCAGCUCCAAUGCCCGUGGAAGCAGUUACGACCACUAAGCUGCCUGCUAUUCGUCUCCCACUUCGCCUUUCAACCACUGCACAGCGCAACCUUCAAAGAAAAUUGAACUUCAAAAAGACCAAGGAUUCACUGGUGAUAUCUCUACCUACCUUAUUAAAGGACGACACCGUUACACGCUAGGUUAAGAGACCACACCAUUCUCUUUACAUCUUCCGUACAUUCAAUCCUUCCUCAUUGACACCUCACCAUUCCCCGCCAUACCACAUCCAAUACCGCCAACAUGUCUGGUAGCUCCAACAGCGCUUCGCGCAACAAUAUACUUCGCGACUUCAAGAGCCUAACGGGCAUGCCCGAAGCUAGGUGCACAGAGUACCUCGAAUCCGCAAACUGGGACAUCGGCCUUGCCGCCCAGGCCUACUACGCCGACCACGACUCCGGUGAGGAAGAAAUCGAGCCCGUUGCGCAGGCUCAAGCUUCUGCCCCUGCUCCCGCCGAAUACACUGGUCCCCGAACUCUCGAUGGACGACCCGCGCCCGAGUCGGCCGGCAGAGCGAGCACCGUGAAGAAGGCAGCGCCUAAGAAGAAGGGUCUCGCAACGCUUAGCUCUAUUGGAGGAGGCCACGCACACGACGACGAUGACGAUGAAGAUGACGAGGACGACGAUGACAGAGGCCGCGGCGACCUCUUUGCUGGCGGUGAAAAGUCUGGACUGGCUGUGCAGGACCCGUCUCAACAAGAGGGUGGUGGUGCUAAGAAGAUCAUCAGCGACAUCCUCGCCAAGGCCAAGGCGAACGCAUCCCGGCCAGAGACCGCAUCGCCCGCGGGCCCUUCGCGCUCCGGUGCUUUCCGCGGAAGCGGCACCACGUUGGGUGGCGAGGGCUCCGAGAGCCGCAGUAUUCCCGACCCCGAUGCUCAGGAGGGUGCAGGUGGCUCAGCGGGUGCGACCGGCGAGCCUCAGGAACGUACAUUGCACCUGUGGCAGGAUGGCUUCAGCAUUGACGAUGGCGAACUUCACCGAUUCGACGACCCCGAGAAUGCGAUGGAUCUCAACAUGAUUCGGGCUGGCAGAGCCCCUCUGCACUUGAUGAAUGUUCGCUACGAUCAGCCGGUCGACGUGAAGCUUCAUCAACACCAGGAGAACUACCACCCAUUGCCCAAGACAUACAAGCCGUUCGGCGGAGAGGGACGCCGGCUCGGUAGCCCCGUUCCCGGUGAGGGCAGCUCUUCGUCCACCACAGUCGCCCCUGCUGCCUCGGCCUCGGCGAGUGCCAGCUCGACGGGCCCUCAGCAGGCUGUCGAUGAGUCUCAGCCUACCCUGACCCUCCGUAUCCAGUUGCCCAAUGGCACCAGACUGCCGGCUCGCUUCAACACUACCAACACCAUCAAUGACGUCUACGAAUUUGUGCAGCGCGCUUCUGCGGAUACCCGCACCAGGUCCUGGGUGUUGGCCACGACUUUCCCCAACAAGGACCAUACUGAUCGCAGCUUGGUGUUGGGCGAGAUGUCUGAGUUCAAAAAGGGCGGCACGGCGGUUGUCAAGUGGGCUUAGAGCACGAGGCAGAUGGAAAAGAAAAUGGCGGGAACCGGGCGGCGUUUGGUACUUUGGGGCUCUGGCCCGCAUUAUGGCCGGGUGGCUUUGGGUCUGGGCAUUUGAGGCCGUUUGCCUCUGCGUGGAAUGUAGACUUGACUUGAGAAAUAGACACGCCCACAUGAAACAGUAACAUCAGG